UCGAGAUCUGUUAAGACACAAUGUCGGACAACCGUGGUCCCGGGCAGGAUGUCCAGUCUAACUUGAAAUCCGUCCUUAUCCUCCUCUUUGAAGAGUCAGAUGCAAUCCAGACUCUCGUCCCGGAGCUCCUCGCUUCGCUUGACAGCGAAAUCACUCUUACACAACCUUCUCAUUUUCACAAAAUCAUAGAUGAAUCUAUCCGUCUGAUUCACGGCUGGAGUCCGGAUCUCCAAGCCCACUUCAUCGCGGGUCACCCACGGAUUGGUGAGACCAGGAAUCUUUCCAUGCUGAGCUCAAAAGAGCAGAGUGGGGGGACGAGUGCUGCCGCGCCCACACCUCCAGAGGUGCUCCUCCGCCUCCAGCAUCUGAAUGCCUGUUACGAGCACGUUUAUCCAGGUCUCCGGUACAUCACCUUUGUCAACGGAAGGAGCAGAGCGGUCAUCGCGGAGGAAAUGGAAGAUAAACUGGGCAUCAGCCAUUCCCUGUUGCCAGAUCAACCACCUGUGGAGAGCUUGGUUCCCGUCAAGGCCAAUAGCCAACCUUGGCUCACGGAGUUACAUCGGGCAGUGGAGGAUAUUGGCCGUAUCGCCCAAAGUCGGUUGGAGAAGAUAGAACGCGAAGGGCUCUUACAGCUUCGGGAAUGAUGGCAGCAGGUGACGGUCCUGGCAAAGCGUACUGUACAGUGAGGGCUCGGUACAUACCCGAUUUAACGUCCACGGCUUGUCCACAGCUAUGUACACGUGCAAGAAGGAAGGUGGUCAAAGACUCUGAAGGCCAAAACAAUAUGA